AUGCUGGGCCGCCGGGGCGGGAUGCCGCGGGGCUGGACCACAGCGCUGUGCCUGCUGAGUCUGCUGCCCUCUACAUUCACAAAUGCAGAUAACUUGACUACUGUUGCCACAGAGCCACCUACCAAAGGAAUGUCUUCAGCUGUUCCUACAAAUGUAUCCAACCAGGAACCCGUAACACAAAGUACUCAUGAAAGUACCACCCUCUACACCAUCUCUCAGAACAGCAGUGGGACCACAGCAGACAUCUCAGAGACUACAGUCAAGUUUGCAUCUACCUCUGGGAUUACCCCAGUUCCUGGAACCAUGAACUCUUCUGCUCAGACACAGACCUCUUUAGCCACCAUCGUGUCUUCCACCCUAACCAACUUUUCAACUUCGGAGAUGACCUUGGAGCCCAGCACGUCACCUGGAAAUAUUUCAGACCCGACAUCCAAUAGCACCAGUCCUGUGGCAUUUACCGUUGAACCCAGUACAUCCUUUUCUUCUACCCCCAGUACCAUCAAGGGAGAAAUCAAAUGUUCCGGAGUCAAAGAAGUGAAAUUGACCGAAGCUAUCUGCCUGGAGCUAAAUGAGACCUCCAGCUGUGAGGACUUUAAGAAGGACAAUGGGGAGGAGCUGACCCAAGUCCUGUGUAAGAAGGACCCGGCUGAGGCGGGGACUGGCGUUUGCUCCUUGCUUCUGGCCCAGUCGGAGGUGAAGCCUCACUGCUUGCUUCUGGUCUUGCCCAACAAAACAGAACUUUCCAGCAAGAUCGAACUUCUGAAAAAUCACCGGUCUGACCUGAAGAAGCUGGGGAUCCAGGACUUCAAAGAGCAGAGUGUCGGAAGCCACCAGAGCUAUUCCCGCAAGACUCUGAUUGCGCUGGUCACCUCGGGGAUCCUGCUGGCCGUCAUGGGGAUCACUGGCUACUUCCUGAUGAACCGCCGCAGUUGGAGCCCCUCAGGAGAAAGGCUGGGGGAAGACCCUUAUUACACGGAGAACGGUGGCGGCCAGGGCUAUAGCUCAGGCCCGGGGCCCGCCCCUGAGGCUCAGGGGAAGGCCAGUGUGAACCGAGGGGCUCAGGAGAACGGGACCGGCCAGGCCACGUCCAGAAACGGCCAUUCGUCGAGACAACACACGGUGGCUGAUACCGAAUUGUGA